ACGUCCCUCUUGACUCUGAUGCCUCGUCGCCGCGACCAAUCUUGAUCCACUCAUACUUCAAUUCCAUGACCUUCCAUAUUAACUCUUCAGCCCAGGUCGAUGGGAUCGACUUUCUUUGUGAUUGCCUAUCGAAAUGACAACGGUUAGCGAUAAGAAGCUUGCUCGGCAUAUGUCCGAUCAAUCGUGCAUGGGUUUUUGAGUCUUGACAGUACAGAGAAUCUCGUAUACUUGCAAACCGCCAUCUGUACGUCGAUAAUGCGAUACUGAUUUAGAACGAUCCUCACGGUUGCUCCCUUUUCCCAUCUGCGAGUGUGGUUUCACAGAACUCUGACUCGAUGCAGUCGGCCCCGUAUAGAGACCAAGCUGCGCCGCGUCGCAACCCAGCUUGUUACGGUCCAUGGCCCGUUUACCUUUGCUGAGUACCCUGUACCAUCUCUUAUCUCCUCCCUUGCCAGUCCAAUAUAACACCUCCGCAGGCUGCCUUAUCCGUGAGAGCCUUGCUUCUGCAGGAACCUGGUAUGCAACGAGCGACCCUGAUUGGUUGCCGGCUUAAUGGUGGGCUUGGAACAUUCGCUCGUCGAUGUUGGUCGCACAGUUCGUAUGGUCGUGUGCAUUUUCGAAUCCGGGUAUAGAGUACAUACAUAUGUAUGCGAACAUGAUAAUCUAUUUGCAUCCAUGUUUCUGUAUCUCUAUGAGCAAGAAGCUACUUGUCAUCCUGCUGAUCAUCGACACCUGUCAAAGAUAUACGCUAGCUUGUUAUGGUUAGUCAACAUAUCCAGCCUUCAGAAGGCAGCUACGUCGGACCUCAGCAUCAGCCCAGUCUUGAAGAUGAGGAUGAUUUAAAACGCGAGACAACCUUCUGCUUGAUCACCAAAAUCCUAGGGCAGAGUGGUGUACCCCGCAUACUUACGAACUGAUGUGCGGUCUGCCAACCCCGCGAGUUCUCGAAGCGAUCAUGGACAGACGCAGCAGCUCUCACAAACUACCCGUUUUCGUAUUGUUCGGCGAUUCAUUAACCCAAUGGAGCUUCGACGAGAAGACUGAGGGUCCUGGAUGGUAUCUCGGGUGCACGUAUAGGGACAAAGUUGAGAUCGAAAACGAAGGAUACGCCGGUUACACAUCCUCUUCUGUUCAGCGCGACUUUGACCGCCUCAUAGCCCGCAUUACACGGCCGGACGCACCCCCCACGCUGCUCAUCACCAUAUUCCUAGGUGCGAACGACGCCUGUCUCAUCGGGAACUCGGAAUACGUCCCCCUCCCCAGCUUCGAAGCCAAUAUCCGCGGUUUCGUCGACGCCAUCCUCGCGCAGGACGCCCUCCGCGAAACCAAAAUCGUGCUGAUUACACCGCCACCAAUCAACGUUCCGGAUCCCGUGGAUGACAGCGACACCGACUAUGAAGACCUAGGACCAUCUAUGGCUGCCGCACUCGCCGCGGCACGGCCCGAUCCAAAGGACGAUCGUGCUUACAGGACCUACAUGAGUAAGAAGUGCUACGCGGACGCCAUUCUUCGGAUUGCACGCGAGUACGAGGGUGCAGAUGAUUCAGCGACAGCAGAGCGGGUAGCGGGGUUGGAUUAUUGGAAGGCUCUUGUGGAUGCUGCGCUCGAGGAUCAGGGCAGGAAUAGCAGCGAUGAGGACGCUUACGACGAGGAGAAACUGCCUGGGUGUGGGCUUGCUACCGCGAAGGAGUUUGAAAAAGGGUACUUCACAGAUGGUUUGCAUUUGGAAAAAAGGGGGUAUGCCGUUUUAAAUAGGGUGCUCAUGGAUGUUGUGACUAAGAAGUGGCCUGGAUUGUCGGCGUUGCGGUCAUGA